GCACGUCCUGCAGGCAAGACUUCUGUUCCUAGUGAGCUUACCUGGUCGGAAUGCCGUCCAAACGCCCCGUCGAGCAGGGCGAUGACGCAAUCACCGCCUCAGCAAGUACAGUCAAGACAGAGAUCAAAGCAGAGUCGGCCCUCGUCAAGCAUAAGUCGACUCCAAGCAUGAGCGCACUGCAGAGGAGUGGCUCUGAGAGUCCUAGCAAGAAGGCUCGCUCACAGCAGGCGUUCACGAAAGAAGAAGACGAAAUCAUCAUUAACCACCUCUUGCGCGAUCGAGAUGUACGAGGGAUUAAGAAGUUGCUGCCCAACCGCAGGGAUUCCUCACUCAGGUGUAGGGUAGACUAUUUGACAAAGAAGAUGAAGACGUGUGCGGGCACUUAG